AUGAAAGAGCAUAGGAGAAAAAUACAGCGGAGAAGUCGGUUGCUGGCCGGUUAUCGAAAAUGGACGGUGGGAUUUUGGGGGCUGAAGCAAUACUGCUUCCAAAGGAACCGUCUUUCUCUACUUAAAGGAGGGAGGCGAGGCACUUGGACAUCUGUGAGCCUGAAACAAACUAAGCCCUGCAGAAGCAAGGUUCUUUGGCUCCAGAGGAAGUGGGCUCCUGAAGUGUUCCUAAAUGCAAACCCCCAGCAAGUUGUACCUUUUGAAAACUGCACCUUCCCACGAAACAUACACAGAAGCCCUUUUCCUCGGUGCAAAAGUGGAGGACUUGUUACAGUGGCAGAGGAGCUGGGUGGCACAUCCUUUCAGAGUGAAGAACUUCUGAAUAAAUUUUGCAGUUUAACAGUUGACUCAAAGCCUCCUCAAAGUAAGCAGUACAGCACCGAGACCAGCAAUACUACCUUCCUGGUAAAAGAGGAUGGUCUUGCUCGGAAGGUGGGCAAGAGCAAAAACAGUGGAAACAGUGGCGUUGAGGUUCUAAACAACUCCAGAAGGAAGUGCUGCUGUCAAGGACUAGAGCAAAAUGGAACUUGUGACCUCCUGACUAUUAGGAGGAGGCUUAGAUUUAAAAGGUGUACUUUAAAAAACAGAUCUCUAUUUAUGAUGUAUAAGAAACUUUCUGUGGUCAAGUUACGGAUUAGAAUCGCGAAAUCUCGUCCCAGGUUUUGGAGAGGCAAGACGUGCAAGUUGAGCACAAGGAGGCCGAGCUGGGUGGAGAAAGUAAGCAGAGAUUGGCAAGAGGACCUCUGCCGAGGAGUCUCUGCGCGUGGUUCUGGGGCCUUGCUUCCCUCUUGGAAACUGAAAAGUAAAUCUCCCUGGAACCUGCUCAGCUUGUCAGAUAUGAACAGUCAUAUGCCAGGACCAUUGAUUGAGGAGAGUCGAACACACCUGCCCGACGCCUGCCUCACCCAGGGCGCACGCUUGCCGUGCAGGGAGCUCCAUUACAAGGAACUUGUGCCCAGAGACCAAAAUGGCAUCACUGAGCCCUGUGUGCCGGAGUUGCACGGAGCAGCAGUGGCAUGUGGAGCUCAGCCUGCUCACAAGGAGGAAACGCGGAAGGCACCCGCACUGGACAGCUGCCCUGAUAGUUUUGUCUCUGUGACGGAGAAAGACAUCUCGGUUUUAGGUGCAGGAGAUGGAGGAACGAAUCAGUUUACGGGUUCCGGCGAGACUGUGGUGGGGCCCUCCAGGGCGGAUUUGGGCACAAACGCUGGCUUUGCUAAUGGGCUGGCGCAAAAUGAGGACAGUGGUCAGAUGGAGGUGGAAGGGCCCAUAAGCAUGGACGUAUUUGGCGCAGAGCUCUUAGAUCACCCGUACUGUAAAAGCCCUCAUGAUGAGCCUCUGAGAGGAAGCACAGGACAGAAAUCAGGGACCCAAAAGAGUGGGAAAAGAAGCAGCCAGAGAGCUUCUUGCGUCAGUGACGAGCAGUUGGCUGUGUGGCUUUGUGGAUUCCUAGAUGAAGUAAUGAAGAAAUAUGGCAGUCUAAUUCCACUCUGUGAAAAGGAUGUUAUGGGAAGAUUAAAGGAAGUCUUUAAUGAAGACUUCUCCUAUAGAAAGCCAUUCAUCACCAAGGAAAUCAUGAAGUAUCAGACGAGACAUCCCAAAUCUUCCACUUGCAAUUUCCGGGUCUUCUAUAACAAGCACAUGCUGGAUAUGGAUGAUUUGACAACGUUGGAUGGUCAGAACUGGCUAAAUGACCAGAUUAUCAACAUGUAUGGCGAGCUAAUAAUGGACGCAGUCCCUGAAAAGGUUCAUUUCUUCAACAGCUUUUUUCAUAGACAGCUGGUAACCAAAGGAUAUAACGGAGUAAAACGAUGGACUAAAAAGGUGGACCUCUUCAAAAAGACGCUCUUGUUAAUUCCUAUUCAUCUGGAAGUCCACUGGUCCCUAAUUACUGUGAAUCUCCCUAACCGAAUUAUUUCGUUUUACGACUCUCAAGGCAUUCACUUUAAGUUCUGUGUCGAGAACAUACGCAAAUACUUGCUGACAGAAGCUAGGGAGAAGAACCACCCCGAUUUCCUUCAGGAUUGGCAGACUGCUGUUACAAAGUGCAUUCCACAACAGAAAAACGACAGUGACUGUGGAGUUUUUGUGCUCCAGUACUGCAAGUGCCUCGCCUUAGACCAGCCUUUUCAGUUCUCCCAGGAAGACAUGCCUCGGGUGCGAAAAAGGAUUUACAAGGAGCUCUGCGAAUGCCGGCUAAUAGACUAAUAAAAAGGAAGAGAAGGAAAGAGAGAAGCUACUCCUUUCGGCAUUUUUGAAGAGCCCGGGCUGGUAUUUUGUGUACUUGAAUUUUCUGAGAAACUUCCAUGGAUUUCAAAACGAGUCUUGGCGGAGCAGUGUGGCCAACACAAUUACCUCAAACAUUUUUUCUGACAUGCUCCUUAACCGGCGGACCUGCCACAAAAUAUUCCCGAUGUCAGUCGUUGGUUCCCCCCCCCUUUUCUUUUCGUUUUCUAAUGUUCUUUCCUGUAUUUAAUAUUUAUUAUCUUAAAACGCAUGCGCAUAGGCAAAGCAUGCGACUAAACGAGAAGUAUAAAACUGUAGAAUUGGUGCACCUUUUGAAACGUAGCUAGAAACAGAAGAGAAUAAUACAGGUUAAACUUUUUUGUCUGAAAACAUAAAAAAAUGCAUGUUCCAUUCCCCCCCCCCCCUCUCUGAUGCAAUAAUGCUUUGAAUGUACAAAGAAACCCAAUGCCAUAACGAGAGCAGUUACAACAUUUCUUCUUAAAAAACAACAACCUGAGACUAUUCCUCCUUCAGCCUUUUUUUUUUAAAGCUCUAAAUUCCCAUUAUAAGGGAAGAAGAGGGGUGUGUUGGAAACUGGCCUAUAUAUUUGAUUUGUGGAAGUCCAGUAAAGUUUUAAGUCAUUGCAACUUGGGGGGUGGGGGAGAAAAUCUACUAGAUGGCUACUAGAUCACCCUACAGUUCAAAAGCAAUCCCUUGUACACGAGACUCUUUAGUACUAAUAAAAGAUGGAGAUGCUA